AGUAGAGUCUCCGCCUCCUCCUCCUCCCCGCGCCGCCGCCCGCCCUCCUCCUCCCUCCUCCCGCCGCCGCCGCCGCCCGCUCCAGCGCCGCGGCCCGCCCGCUCGGCCGGCUCCCUCCCUCCCUCCCCUGCAGCCUUCGUCUCCCCUCCCGCCGAAAGCACCGGGCUCCAGGGGGCCAGAGGCUCAGCGGGGUGGGGGGGAGGACAGAAGGGGAGGAGGAGGGAGGGGGACCCCCGAGUUGCCCCCUCUCCUCCCCCCGCCCCCCCGCUCCAUCCUCCGCCACCGCCCGAGCAGCUGCGGGGCUGCCGCCGCCGCCUUUGCAGGCUGAGUCAUCACUAGAGAGUGGGAAGUGCAGCAGCAGCAGCAGCAGCCACAGCAAAGAAUCCAAAUCCUAAAACUGAUCCUGCAAAGCAUCAUUUCUCCAAGUUGGGGGCUCAGAGGGGAGCCAUCAUGAGCGAUGUUACCAUUGUGAAAGAAGGUUGGGUUCAGAAGAGGGGUACUGAAGAGCAGUCCAAAUUCCCUGCCCUGCGGGAAGUCCAAGGUCCUCCCACUUCUAUCUUGGUCCAGGAAGGAGAAUAUAUAAAAAAUUGGAGGCCAAGAUAUUUCCUUUUGAAGACAGAUGGUUCAUUCAUAGGCUAUAAAGAGAAACCUCAAGAUGUGGACUUACCUUAUCCCCUCAACAACUUUUCUGUAGCAAAAUGCCAGUUAAUGAAAACAGAACGACCAAAGCCAAAUACAUUUAUUAUCAGAUGUCUUCAGUGGACCACUGUUAUAGAGAGAACAUUUCAUGUAGAUACUCCAGAGGAAAGAGAAGAAUGGACAGAAGCUAUCCAAGCUGUAGCAGACCGACUGCAGAGACAAGAAGAGGAGAGAAUGAAUUGUAGUCCAACUUCACAGAUUGAUAAUAUAGGAGAAGAAGAGAUGGAUGCAUCUACAACCCAUCAUAAAAGAAAGACGAUGAAUGAUUUUGACUAUUUGAAGCUAUUAGGUAAAGGCACUUUUGGGAAGGUUAUUUUAGUUCGAGAGAAGGCAAGUGGAAAAUACUAUGCUAUGAAGAUUCUGAAGAAAGAAGUCAUUAUUGCAAAGGAUGAAGUGGCACACACUCUUACUGAAAGCAGAGUACUAAAGAACACCAGACAUCCAUUCUUAACAUCCUUGAAAUAUUCCUUCCAGACAAAAGACCGUCUGUGUUUUGUGAUGGAAUAUGUUAAUGGGGGAGAGCUGUUUUUCCAUUUGUCGAGAGAGCGGGUGUUCUCUGAGGACCGCACACGUUUCUAUGGUGCAGAAAUUGUCUCUGCUUUGGACUAUCUACAUUCUGGAAAGAUUGUGUACCGUGAUCUCAAGUUGGAGAAUUUGAUGCUGGAUAAAGAUGGCCAUAUAAAAAUUACAGAUUUUGGACUUUGCAAAGAAGGAAUCACAGAUGCAGCCACCAUGAAGACAUUCUGUGGUACCCCAGAAUAUCUGGCACCAGAGGUAUUAGAAGAUAAUGACUAUGGCCGAGCAGUAGACUGGUGGGGCCUGGGUGUUGUCAUGUAUGAAAUGAUGUGUGGGAGGUUGCCUUUCUACAACCAGGAUCAUGAGAAACUCUUUGAACUAAUACUAAUGGAAGACAUUAAAUUUCCCCGAACACUCUCUUCAGAUGCAAAAUCAUUGCUUUCAGGGCUCUUGAUAAAGGAUCCAAAUAAACGCCUUGGUGGAGGGCCAGAUGAUGCAAAAGAAAUUAUGAGGCAUAGUUUCUUUUCUGGAGUAAACUGGCAAGAUGUGUACGACAAAAAGCUUGUACCUCCUUUUAAGCCUCAAGUAACAUCAGAGACAGAUACAAGAUAUUUUGAUGAAGAAUUUACAGCUCAAACUAUUACAAUAACACCACCUGAAAAAUAUGAUGAAGAUGGCAUGGACUGCAUGGACAACGAGCGGCGGCCACAUUUCCCUCAGUUUUCCUACUCUGCAAGUGGACGAGAAUAAGUCUCUUUCAUUCUGUUCUACACUGUCAUCUUAGAUUUUUGUCACUGAGAAUGAUUACUGGACAUCUCCACCAGUCCUCGCUCUUACAGAUAGCAGGGGCACUUCUGACAUCCCUGACCAGCCAAGGGUCUUCAUCUUCACCACCUUUCACCCACAUGAAAACACACACAGACACUCCAGUUUUGUUUUUGCAUGAAAUUGUGUCUCAGUCUAAGGUCUCAUGCUGUUGCUGCUACUGUCUCACUAUUACAGCAUUUUUCAGAAGUGAUUUUACAAUCUCUGGGGUCACAAGCCCAUCGUUCAUUUGUGAUCAAUUGUCAUCUUCAGUUUUUGUUUUUCCCUAGCAGUGAAGGCUGAAUGAGAUACACUGAUUCUAGGUACAUUUUUAACUUUCUAGAAGAUACAUCAAGAACUAAUUAGACUAAGAAGAUGUAGUUUCUAUUUCUGAACAAGCAAUUGUUGAAGGGUGGUGAUGUGCAUAUGUGAGAGUAUAGCAGCGCAUGUCUGACCAGUGCAUAAAGCGCGUAUUGCUGAUAUUUGGCUGGAAAUCCUUAGGAAGCAUUGAGAGGACUGAAGGGCUGAUGAGAUACAUACGGUUUUUAAUUCCUGCUGGAUAUUGUGGAGGAAGCCCAGGGUCGCCCAUGGACACCCAGACUUCAUGGGCAAAUGGACGUUGUUCCACCAAGUACUAAAGGUGCAGAGUCACCUAGACGGUCUUAGGAUCUACAUUGUACCAGAGAGUAUUUUGCCCCUGGGCUUGACAACCUUUUUCCCUUCUUGAUAUUUAUCACCUCUGAUGGCUGAAGAAUGUAGACAGUAUAAUGAUCCUGCUGUCGUCAGAAUCUAUACACCAAGGUGAACAGGUGUUUGCCUUAUCAGUUUUGAAGUUUUACUUUCAGUUAUAGGUGAAUUAGCUUUUUCUCAGAUGUUAAAAUUCUGAAUGUCCUUUAAUGAUUUUGUUUAUAUUAUAGUAGUAUUUAUUUUUUAGUGAUAAGAAGUGUAUUGUCAUGUUAGCAGACGCAGCUCCAACUCACAGGACAUUGACUGCGGUUUCUUUUGAACCAUGUGCAAGGAAUGUACACACCCAUUAGAAUCAUGCACUUUUUCUCCUUUGUACAAAAAAUUGGUAAGGCUCUGGAAUUAUAUAUGUUGGUUAGAAUCUGGCUUUGGGAGAAGAGAUGCUGUAAUUAACCCCUUGGUGCCGAAAUGAGAAAAGGCCCAACUACCCAGCGCCAAGGGGCUGCUGGAGCAAAUGUGUGGUGAUGGUUGCUCAUUCGCGUGGAUGUGUGAGUGUGGUCUGGAGAGAGUCAUGGAGAAAGCUGGGACCCAAAUGAUGUUAAGAGAUAAACUUGACUUGGCAAAAUGAACACAUCACAAAUAUUUACACAGUAGGAAGCAAAGGAUAAGAGCUGGUGUGUUUAUUCUUAUCAAGGUACAUUCAUUACUGAAUCAAGCCAUCAGGGAAAACAACAAAACAAAACACCUCUAGCUUUUCUUUUUCUGUACAUACUCAUGUCUCCCAGUCCCAGACAUUUCUCACUGAGAGGGGACAUGUAUGCAAACCUCAUCUUUCUCCUUCAUUAAUGAUGAUCUUCAGAUUAAACCCUUUGGUGCUAGGAGCUGACAUUUUCCAAAGCAGACUAUGAAGUCCGAGGAUCAAAGCCUUUCUGGCAGCAAGCAGGAGGGCAUCUACUCCAAGGAGUGACCAUGGAGACGCGUUCUACUUCCUAACUGACAGCUCCCAAAUGGAGACUACAGCGUGACACAGUAUUGUUACUGCAUUGUCUUUUUGAGUAGAAAGUCAUGUUCUCAUGCAGAGGUCUUAGCCUCUAGGCUCAGACUUGGGGAAGCAGAGCCGCUGCUGGCAGUGGCUGGCCACUGGGACUGCUGGGGUUUAAAGGGCAUUUACUAAGGCAGCUAAGAUGGAUUCAGACAUAGAUUUUGUCCUAAUUUUUCAUGUUUCUACCUGAGUGAGUUUAUCCUUAGUAUGGAGUAGGAAGUUAAAGUAAACAGAUGUUCAUUCUUGCAUCUGUAGUCUUCUUUUUUUCCUACUUGGAAUUAUGUUGAAUGUUUCACACUGACAGGAAAGUAGAUUAGAUGGAUGUCCUUUAAGUUUUCUUGCAUCCAUUCUGUAAGAAAGAAAUGUGAGAGGAAGAAAAGCAAGCUGAGCCUGGCUGAUGUUCAGAGCAUUUAUCCCUCAGAGGGAGCAGACACUGUACACUAAGCACACAGCUUCUUUUGUUCUGUCUCUCCUCCCCAAGUCUUAAGGUGACUUCGUGACCUUGGCCAAGGCUGCUUUCUAAAGAUUAAUGAGGGGGCACUGGCACUGACAGUGCCUCGGGCUGGCCACUCCUCUCACCUGGCCUUUGGUCCCCAUCCAUUGGAGGGCUUUCUCUUCCCAUCCCAGGCUCCCUGAGUGUCACAGCAGGCGUGUUCUUGGCUUUGAUUUUGAGAAUUUUUCCCUUGCAACCCCAGAUGUCAGUUAAAUGGCAGAAGUAGAACAGAAGAGAGAGAUUUGGGGAAGAGAUUCCUAUAUCUAAGCUUAGGGUUUAGACAACUGGAAUGGUUUGAAACCUGCAGUCAUUAUGUCUGGAUGCAGUUCUGGCCUUGUGAUUCCAGCUUGCCCGCUUGUCAUCAUGUAGGGCUGUCUGGAGGAAACUGACACUUCUGCUCAGAUUGCUUGCAGGGUUGCUCACAGCUUUGCUCUCUACACUAACGACACAGCAUUAUUCCAGUAUUGUUUCCAUUCCCGUACCCGACCUCGAGCUUCUCAAAGCGGACUGUCUCACAGGGGCCACAUGCUUCUCCUUUUCUCACUAACUGCAGGGUCUCUGCCACACCUCAGUGUACACACUUUGCUGCUACUGUCUGUACUGUCUACAUCACAGUUCCCUAAGCUUGCUCCUGGUAGUGCAUUACAGGCAAGCAUGAAAUGUAAAGUAUUUAUUUAAAUAAAAAGAAAACUCUGAAUUGGC